GAUACCGAUUCAAUUUCAGUGGAUAAGAUUUAUUUAGGCCGUUCUCUUCAUCUAUUUGCCUUCCCUCACAUGUCAAAAUUCCCGACUAGAAUAUUCUUACCGGAGCUCAUAGCUCAAGCUUCCAUGGGAUUAGCCUCAGUCGUUCCCCAUGGCGGUGCCAUUUGCAUCGCCCUCAACUCCGAUCUCAGAGUUUCCUCGGUCUCGACUACUGUUCAAUCUCCCAGAUGGACCGGAGUCCGGUUCUCAAAUCCUCGUCUCUCCGUCAUCCAUUCAGUGAGCCAUAAUCGCCAGGCAAUAUGUUUCCCGGUUGCUCGCUCCAGGGGAAUGGAGGAGGAGGAUCAAUUGUCUGAAGAUGAGCAGAAUUCUUAUGCUAAUUCCAAGGAGAAACUUCAGGAAAAUAAAGCUUAUGUAUCAUCUGCUAAAAGUGUUGCUUUUUGGGUGUGCUCUGCAGUUGCUUUUGGAGUUGGUGUGGGGUUGAAGGAGGGAGUUGGCAAGGCAUCAGAAUUUUUUGCUGGGUACCUAUUGGAGCAAAGUUUGUCAGUAGACAAUUUGUUUGUUUUUAUUCUGAUCUUCAAGUACUUCAAAGUGCCACAUAUGUAUCAGAAUCGGGUUCUUUCAUAUGGUAUUGCUGGUGCAAUCAUCUUUCGUUUGUCAUUGAUAUUACUUGGAACAGCUACACUUCAGAGGUUUGAGGUGGUCAACCUACUACUGGCUGCUAUACUCUUAUUCUCAUCGUUCAAGCUAUUUUCCAGUGAGGAAGACGACACUGAUCUGUCUGACAACUUCAUAGUGAAGACAUGCCAGAGAUUUAUCCCCGUCACACCUAAUUAUGAUGGCAAUAAAUUUAUAACUAAAUGGGACAACAUUUGGCAAGCCACUCCUUUGCUUCUCACAGUAGCAGUUAUUGAGCUCAGUGAUAUAGCAUUUGCUGUUGAUUCAAUACCAGCUGUUUUUGGCGUUACACGGGAUCCUUUUAUAGUUUUUUCAUCUAAUAUUUUCGCCAUCUUAGGUUUAAGGUCACUUUACACACUCAUUGCUGAGGGUAUGGCAGAUCUGGAAUACUUGCAGCCUUCCAUUGCUGUUGUUCUAGGUUUCAUUGGGUGUAAAAUGAUCUUGGAUUUCUUCGGAUUUCAUAUUUCUACAGAGGCGUCACUCGGUUUUGUCGCGACGAGCCUUAGUGCUGGAGUGCUGUUGAGUUUAGCAAAGAAGGGUGACUAGCUAAAAUCAAGUCAAGUGCAACUGCAGGUUAAAGGUUCUAUAUUUUGUACGUUUAAUCCGUAAGUGCAAGUGAGCUCUAAAAUUGCUGAUGCUUCUUUGUUUCUCAUCUCUCGAAACAAUGAAAAUGAAGAUUAAUUGUAGUCAGCUCAUCUCUCAGCUCUAAAAUUUUCUGUUUAUCAAUAUAAAGUAUUUAAUUGAAAAAAUAGUACAAGUUAUUUUUCU